GCGGCGGACUACCUGUCACCAUUUACUUGGUAGGUCGGUGGGGAUUUGACGAUGGAUCGACAUCGGCAUACGACUAGAGUGCAAGUGUUCACGGGGUCAAGAGCGGCCAAGAUGAUGUCGUGGGAGGCUGCUGUUGGAUACGGCAAGUCCGGCAUCGUUUGUACAAGAAAGGUGGCGUUCAGGCGAUUGUGGCAGAGAGUGCCUCCGCACAUUCGAGACGUCCAUUUCGACUUCACUGCGAAACUGUGGGAGCCGGAGGACAUUGACAAACUAGGGGGGGACGGGGCAGAACACGUGCGCGACCUGGAGAGGUUUUUCGAGCGCAUGGUCAAGUUCAACCUGAAACUGGCACCCAAGAAGACGAACCUGGGGGUGAAGGUGGUGACGUUCUUGGGACAUCAAGUCACGGCAGAAGAGAUCAGGCCGGACCCGGAAAAGGUCAGACCGCUGCAUGAAGUGCCAAGGCCCACUAAUGUUGGCCAGUUGCGAUCGUUGUUGGGGUCCUUGCCGUACUAUCGAAAGGUCCUGAAGAACAUGUCGGCAAAAUUGAAACCGAUCAAUGCGAUGCUGAAAAGGGGGGCGUUUGUGUUCACGGCUGAUCAUGUGGCAGUAGUGAGGAAGAUGAUGGAUAUUCUGUCUGGCCCUGAAGUUUUGGCAUCUCCGUGUUAUGAGGGUGCGAUCUCGGGAGAACGGCCGUUUCGGUUAACCGCUGAUGCGUCGAUUUCGGGCUUGGGAGCCGUAAUUGAGCAAGGGCAACGAGAUGGAAGUAUUAGACCGCUAUGCUUUUUGAGCAGAUCAACAUUCGAGAAUGUAACGAGAUGGAGUUCGACUGAGCUUGAAGCGGGUGCGACAAAGAAGAAUCGAACACUGUUUUAUGGCACCCCCUUUGAAGUGUAUAGUGAUCAUCAACCCUUGCGGAAUUUGGGGAGUUGGGCAGAUAAAAAUAAUCGCGUACAGAGGUGGUAUGACUUCCUGUCAGCGUACACGCAUGAACUGAAGUAUCGACCAGGGCGAGAGAAUGCAAAUGCCGAUUUGAUGUCACGGUUGCCAUUGCCUGCGACGAAAGAGGAUGAGGCACCAUAUGUCAGGCUAACUGAUCCGCCUGAUCUCGAUGUUUAUAUGAUAGGUGCGAGCGGGGUGCUACCUUCGCGAUCGGGUCCGGUGAUUACCGAGCGAGAGGCGCUCGCUGGGUCGAACCAUCGCGAUGAUUUUGUGGUGNUAUGUCAGGCUAACUGA